AGCAUUAGCUCGGGCCAUUGCCAUCGCUCGCCAAGCUGACGUCAUCGCUGCUAUGUCCCUGGACUGUUUGAAAGGAACAUCAAGAGCGUUUGACAGUCGCAUACACAAACUGCGACCUCAUCGUGGACAAAUAACGGUUGCGCAGAGGUUAAGAACUGUGUUGCAUUCAGAAUUUCAUCCUUCUAAAAUUGCUGGUGGGUAUUUUUCUAUUCAAUGUAUACAGCUAUUUCAAUUAAGGUUGUCCCCGAGGAAAGCGGAAAAGUCGAAUACGAGCGCGAAAGGCUGCUGGGAAUCGCUAGAACAUUAAUGAAUCUUUUUAGCGAUUCCUAUCAGCCUUUCGCGCUCGUAUUCGACUUUUCGACUUUGCUGCAAUGAGCUGCUAUGGUUUGUGUCUGAACCACUAAAACCACUUCAAUGUUUUGAGGUAUCUUUUUCAGGUAGUUCAGACACAAACCAGGGCGGCUUAAUGUAGAAUAUACUACUAUCUCCAUCCUUAGAAAGUAUCCAUCAACUAGUGAUAGUAAACUUCACGUUCAUUUUAGAAAGCCAUCGUAUGUGUCAUCGAGUCCAAGAUGCCUAUACUUUGCGAUGUUGUCCGCAGGUAUCAGAAUAACGACAUAGAAACGUUGCCGAUGUUGUACAGGCCUACUCUGGGAUCUUACCUCGCCUUAAAUCGCCCAAACUCGCGUUGCUGAAAAGUUGCAGUUUUUGCUUAAAUCGCCUAAACUCGCAUUAUCUCGCGGCGAUUUUAGGUUGAGUUACCACCCCAGAGUAAGUUUAGUGUUUAUUUCAAUUAACAAAAUUCUAAAGUGUUCAAUGUUUUUCCAUAGGUUCAUGGAAUAGUGUUGGACACUAUCGAGUUUGUUAAGGGAAUCCUCACCACUGAAAUGAAUAGUGCCACUGAUAACCCUGUAUCUUUUUCUAUACUUGUACAAGUAUUCACCAUUUCAGAGACUAUAGGACAUUGUGUUUGUAAAGAAAUUUGAAUAUUCUUCAAUAGUUGUUUCUUGCAUAUUAAUCCUUUACUUAAUAUCAGAUGAUAUUUGCCGAAUCAGGUGAAACGAUUUCUGGCGGGAAUUUUCACGGUGAAUACCCGGCUAAAGUUAGUAUAUUUUUGGCAGAUUACUUUUGAAUAAGCUGUCGGGGUUUGCGUGUGAACUAUACUGAAAGCCAUUUCUUAAUUCUGUUCCAUAGGCUUUGGAUUACUUGGCUAUUGGCGUGCAUGAAUUAGCAAACAUGAGUGAACGUCGUAUUGAAAGACUCGUGAACCCAGGUUUAUAUUGUAUAAAUAUCUGUACAUAUCACUAACACCCUGGCUUCAAAUAAAGACUAAUUCGGUAGACAGCGUAAAUGAUUGUUUAACUGAAUUUUGUUUUUAGCUUACAGUGGCUUACCAGCGUUUCUCGUUGAAAAUGGCGGACUUAAUUCAGGUUGGUUGUUUAGACAUGAUUUACUCUGAUUGUAGGAAAUUGUGCGAAACGUUGCUGCAACUUGCAACAAAAUCUGAGUUCAACGCAUGUUAAUUGAAAAUGUUGACACAUAAAUUACAAAUCACAAGGCAACAUGUGUCGACAUUUCUACUUAACAUGCGUUGAAAUCAGAUUUUGUUGCAAGUUGCAGCAAUUUUGUUGCUCGUCUAACUCCAGCUUAACCAGUGCUUAUGUUGUACAACUAUUUCAUUCAGGGUACAUGGUUGCACAUUACACCGCUGCUUCGUUAGGUAACUAUUUCUUUCAGUUUUACGACGGCCCACGAAAAAAAAAGCUGUCAGCAUGGAUUGGCUUAUAAAUUUUGCAGCAGUUUCGAUGUUAUACUUUCUUUUUUAGUGUCCGAGAACAAAGUGCUAUGUCAUCCGUCCUCGGUCGAUUCACUGUCCACGUCAGCGGGAACUGAAGAUCACGUGUCCAUGGGUGGAUUCUCCGCGCGAAAAGCUGUCAAGGUUGUGGAAAAUGUUGAAAAAGGUACUGCCAAUAUUAUAAGACGAGUAAAAAUCCCAGGCCUUUUCCUAAGUGUGAUUUGCAAUACAACCUUUCGAUAAUUACGUCACAACUACACUGUUUUCAACUUAGGACCACCUUAAAUGGAAAGGAUUUCAAGUUUUUUUCUCAUGAGCUAUGCACAGAGAAGCAGAACAUCCUUUUUCAACACAUGCGCGAAAAAAGAUUUUCGAUUUUGAUCAAUAAAUAUGGAAAUAAGCAUUAACACGAAAACGAGGCUCCAGGUCAUGACCGGGAGCCUCGUUUUCGUGUUAAAGCUUAUUUCCACAUUGAUUGGUCAAAAUAAAGAAUUCUUUUUCAUGCAUGUGUUGAAGAAGGAUGUUCUGCUUCUCUGUGCAUAGCCCAUGAGAAACAAUCUUGGAAUCCUUUCCAUUUAACCCCGGUUUCGGUGUACGUGUACGGGUAGCAUGAUUUUGGUUAGCAAUAUUUUCGUCGAUGUCUGUAUCUUUACUCGUAAUUAAGGUGCAUAUUUUUCGCAUUAUAUCAUUGUCUGUUGCAAGAAAACAGAAAAAGUAUGAUCGAAUUACAGACAUCAUCAGUAAAACAAGAUGACACUACUCGUACCCGUACACCGAAACCGGGGUAUCUUAACCUCUCUAUUAUCGAAAGGGUGUAUUGACCUGUGUUUCGUUUUCCUCAGUCCUUGCUGUUGAACUCUUGGCAGCUUGUCAAGCCAUCGACCUCCUACGUCCCUUGACAACGACAGAACCGCUAGAAGCUGUUUACGCUUUGGUUCGAUCACAUGUCAGGUGAGUAACAGUUUGUAACAGCCAAACAUAAGAGUAACAAUGAUGCGUAAGUAGAAAGUUUGUAACAGGCAGGCACGAGUAACAGUUUUAUUGUGGUUAAUGCGCAGAACCUGGGACAAAGACCGACGGAUGGCGCCGGACAUCGAUAAAGUCACAGAACUUUUGAGGUCUGAAAAGGUGAGAUUAAUCUAUAGAAGCUUUAGAAGUUUUUUACUUCCACUGUGAUGAAAAUUUUGUGCUUUUUGUCCUGCUUAUUUCAUAUCCAUACUUACUUCAAAAUUAUAAAGCCUUGGAGGAUGAGAAUUGAACCCUCGUCGAUUUAAGCUGGGCCAUGAGAGUUGAGAAAACUCUCAUGCAAACUCUCGCCUCUCAACUCUCAUCAACUCUCAUGCAACUCUUGUUCUCGUUUGACAGGAGUAUGAAAGUUGAGAAAACUCGCAUGCAAACUCUCGCUUCUCAACUCCCAUCAUCGUUUGACCAGGGCUUAACAUAUCAUCGUGAAUAUUACUUCAGGUAUGGCAAGUGGUUUCACCUUUCAUCGACAGCUACAUGGCAGCGAGGUCGACAAGAGAUUUGGAAAGCCGUCCUUCCUCGCCAACUGGGUAUAACACUGCCGCAACUAUAAAUGAUGAAACACAACGUACACUGGAAAUGGACAUUGAACAUGAAAGUUGUUUGGGAACGACUCCUAGAGGAUAACGUUCAUUUCUCAAGUAUUUGAGUGGUGAGAAUUUGUAGAGAAAUUGUUGAUGCACCGGAAAGUUCCUCACUUUGACCAUAGAGCCUCGCUUUUGACGAACACGAGGCUCUAUAGUGACCAGUGGCGGAAAUCUUGGUGGUGGGGGGCGGGACGGCCCCCCCCCCCCUUUUGACCUACAAGAGGGCUAAAAACAGUCUUUUCGAGUGCAAAUUGGGGGGGGGGGUUGUCGGAAAUUUAGGAGGCUUUGCCCCCCCCCACCGGAAAAAGUGAAUUUCCGCCACUGAUAGUGACAUACUUUUCCGAAAGGGUGCAUGUAUUAUAGACCAUAGCUAUAGCUAUAAAUAGGCUUGUUGGAUACAGUCACAGAUGGCUUUAAUAACCCUGCAUAGCGAAAAAAUUAAAUUUGAGCUCAUCAACUCAAUUUGUGCUCGUAUUCAAUAUUUAUAGCUAAUUAUUAUUUAUUAAUUUGUCGACAAUGUAUUUAUUUACUUUAUAUACAUUAUUUACAAGUCUUUAUGGAAGCAGAAUAAGUGUUAUUUGCACAGUU